CUCGCUCAACUCUCGGCGCCGCCGCGGCCCCACGCUCCGGGCCCGUCCUCAAGGCGCGCGGCGCGGGGCGCGGGCGCCGGGGCCUGAGGCGGCGGGCGACGCCCGGGGGCCUGACGGCCGGCCCCGCGCCAUGGUGUGAGCGCCGCCGCCGCCCGCGCACGCUCCGUCCGCCCUCCGCGCGGCCCGGCCGGCCGAGAGCCCCGAGCGGCCCGAGAGCGCAGCCGAGCCCGCCGCCGCCGCCCCCGGCCCCGCGAGGAGAGUCCCGGGCCGGCCCGGCUGCCGCGCCAGGAGCGCCGUCGGCGGCCUGGUCUGCGGCUGAGAUACACAGAGCGACAGAGACAUUUAUUGUUAUUUGAUUUUUGGUGGCAAAAAGGGAAAAUGGCGAACGACUCCCCUGCAAAAAGUCUGGUGGACAUCGAUCUCUCCUCCCUGCGGGAUCCUGCUGGGAUUUUUGAGCUGGUGGAAGUGGUUGGAAAUGGCACCUAUGGACAAGUCUAUAAGGGUCGACAUGUUAAAACGGGUCAGUUGGCAGCCAUCAAAGUUAUGGAUGUCACUGAGGAUGAAGAGGAAGAAAUCAAACUGGAGAUAAAUAUGCUAAAGAAAUACUCUCAUCACAGAAAUAUUGCAACAUAUUAUGGUGCUUUCAUCAAAAAGAGCCCUCCAGGACAUGAUGACCAACUCUGGCUUGUUAUGGAGUUUUGUGGGGCUGGGUCCAUUACAGACCUUGUGAAGAACACCAAAGGGAACACACUCAAAGAAGACUGGAUUGCUUACAUCUCCAGAGAAAUCCUGAGGGGACUGGCACAUCUUCACAUUCAUCACGUGAUUCACCGGGAUAUCAAGGGCCAGAAUGUGUUGCUGACUGAGAAUGCAGAGGUGAAACUUGUUGACUUUGGUGUGAGUGCUCAGCUGGACAGGACAGUGGGGCGGAGAAAUACGUUCAUAGGCACUCCCUACUGGAUGGCUCCUGAGGUCAUCGCCUGUGAUGAGAACCCAGAUGCCACCUAUGAUUACAGAAGUGAUCUUUGGUCUUGUGGCAUUACAGCCAUCGAGAUGGCAGAAGGUGCUCCCCCUCUCUGUGACAUGCAUCCAAUGAGAGCACUGUUUCUCAUUCCCAGAAACCCUCCUCCCCGGCUGAAGUCAAAAAAAUGGUCGAAGAAAUUUUUUAGUUUUAUAGAAGGGUGCCUGGUGAAGAAUUACACGCAGCGGCCCUCUACAGAGCAGCUUUUGAAACAUCCUUUUAUAAGGGAUCAGCCAAAUGAAAGGCAAGUUAGAAUCCAGCUUAAGGAUCAUAUAGAUCGUACGAGGAAGAAGAGAGGCGAGAAAGAUGAAACUGAGUAUGAGUACAGUGGGAGUGAGGAAGAAGAGGAGGAAGUGCCUGAACAGGAAGGAGAGCCAAGUUCCAUUGUGAACGUGCCUGGUGAGUCUACUCUUCGUCGAGAUUUCCUGAGACUGCAGCAGGAGAACAAGGAACGUUCUGAGGCUCUUCGGAGACAACAGUUACUACAGGAGCAACAGCUCCGGGAGCAGGAAGAAUAUAAAAGGCAACUGCUGGCGGAGAGACAGAAGCGGAUUGAGCAGCAGAAAGAACAGAGGCGACGGCUAGAAGAGCAACAAAGGAGAGAGCGUGAAGCUAGAAGGCAGCAGGAACGUGAACAGCGAAGGAGAGAACAAGAAGAAAAGAGGCGUCUAGAGGAGUUGGAGAGAAGGCGCAAAGAAGAAGAGGAGAGGAGACGGGCAGAAGAAGAAAAGAGGAGAGUUGAAAGAGAACAGGAGUAUAUCAGGCGACAGCUAGAAGAGGAGCAGCGGCACUUGGAAGUCCUCCAGCAGCAGCUGCUCCAGGAGCAGGCCAUGUUACUGGAGUGCCGAUGGCGGGAGAUGGAGGAGCACCGGCAGGCAGAGAGGCUCCAGAGGCAGUUGCAACAAGAACAAGCAUAUCUCCUGUCUCUACAGCAUGACCAUAGGAGGCCGCACCCGCAGCACUCACAGCAGCCGCCACCACCGCAGCAGGAAAGGAGCAAGCCAAGCUUCCAUGCUCCCGAGCCCAAAGUCCACUACGAGCCUGCCGACCGAGCGCGAGAGGUACAGUGGCCCCACCUGGCAUCUGUCAAGAACAAUGUUUCCCCUGUCUCGCGAUCCCAUUCCUUCAGUGACCCUUCUCCUCCCAAAUUUGCACACCACCAUCUUCGUUCUCAGGACCCAUGUCCACCUUCCCGCAGUGAGGUGCUCGGUCAGAGCGCUGACUCUAAGUCAGAGACACCUGACCCUACCCAAAAGGCUUGGUCUAGAUCAGACAGUGACGAGGUGCCUCCAAGGGUUCCUGUGAGAACAACGUCUCGCUCCCCUGUUCUGUCCCGUCGAGAUUCCCCACUGCAGGGCAGUGGGCAGCAGAAUAGCCAGGCAGGACAGAGAAACUCCACCAGCAGUAUUGAGCCCAGGCUUCUGUGGGAGAGAGUGGAGAAGCUGGUGCCCAGACCUGGCAGUGGCAGCUCCUCAGGGUCCAGCAACUCAGGAUCCCAGCCCGGGUCUCACCCUGGGUCUCAGAGUGGCUCCGGGGAACGCUUCAGAGUGAGAUCGUCAUCCAAGUCUGAAGGCUCUCCAUCUCAGCGCCUGGACAACGCAGUGAAAAAACCUGAAGAUAAAAAAGAAGUUUUCAGACCCCUCAAGCCUGCUGGCGAAGUGGAUCUGACCGCACUGGCCAAAGAGCUUCGAGCGGUGGAAGAUGUACGGCCCCCUCACAAAGUGACGGACUACUCCUCAUCCAGUGAGGAGUCGGGGACGACGGAUGAGGAGGACGACGAUGUGGAGCAGGAAGGGGCCGACGAGUCCACCUCGGGACCGGAGGACACCAGAGCAGCGUCAUCUCUGAAUUUGAGCAAUGGUGAAACGGAAUCUGUGAAAACCAUGAUUGUCCAUGAUGAUGUAGAAAGUGAGCCGGCCAUGACCCCAUCCAAGGAGGGCACUCUAAUCGUCCGCCAGAGUACAGUUGACCAAAAGCGUGCCAGCCAUCAUGAGAGCAAUGGCUUUGCCGGUCGCAUUCACCUCUUGCCAGAUCUCUUACAGCAAAGCCAUUCCUCCUCCACUUCCUCCACCUCCUCCUCCCCAUCCUCCAGCCAGCCGACACCCACCAUGUCCCCACAGACACCCCAGGACAAGCUCACUGCUAAUGAGACUCAGUCCGCUAGUAGCACACUCCAGAAACACAAAUCUUCCUCCUCCUUUACACCUUUUAUAGACCCCAGAUUACUACAGAUUUCUCCAUCUAGUGGAACAACAGUGACUUCUGUGGUGGGAUUUUCCUGUGAUGGGAUGAGACCGGAAGCCAUAAGGCAAGAUCCUACCCGGAAAGGCUCAGUGGUCAAUGUGAAUCCUACCAACACUAGGCCACAGAGUGAUACCCCAGAGAUUCGUAAAUACAAGAAGAGGUUUAACUCUGAAAUUCUGUGUGCUGCCUUAUGGGGAGUGAAUUUGCUAGUGGGUACAGAGAGUGGCCUGAUGCUGCUGGACAGAAGUGGCCAAGGGAAGGUCUAUCCUCUGAUCAACCGAAGACGAUUUCAACAAAUGGACGUACUUGAGGGCUUGAAUGUCUUGGUGACAAUAUCUGGCAAAAAGGAUAAGUUACGUGUCUACUAUUUGUCCUGGUUAAGAAAUAAAAUACUUCACAAUGAUCCAGAAGUUGAGAAGAAGCAGGGAUGGACAACCGUAGGGGAUUUGGAAGGAUGUGUACAUUAUAAAGUUGUAAAAUAUGAAAGAAUCAAAUUUCUGGUGAUUGCUUUGAAAAGUUCUGUGGAAGUCUAUGCGUGGGCACCAAAGCCAUAUCACAAAUUUAUGGCCUUUAAGUCAUUUGGAGAAUUGGUACAUAAGCCAUUACUGGUGGAUCUCACUGUUGAGGAAGGCCAGAGGUUGAAAGUGAUCUAUGGAUCCUGUGCUGGAUUCCAUGCUGUUGAUGUGGAUUCCGGAUCAGUCUAUGACAUUUAUCUACCAACACACAUCCAGUGUAGCAUCAAACCCCAUGCAAUCAUCAUCCUCCCCAAUACAGAUGGAAUGGAGCUUUUGGUGUGCUAUGAAGAUGAGGGGGUUUAUGUAAACACAUAUGGAAGGAUCACCAAGGAUGUAGUUCUACAGUGGGGAGAGAUGCCUACGUCAGUAGCAUAUAUUCGAUCCAAUCAGACAAUGGGCUGGGGAGAGAAGGCCAUAGAGAUCCGAUCUGUGGAAACUGGUCACUUGGAUGGUGUGUUCAUGCACAAAAGGGCUCAAAGACUAAAAUUCUUGUGUGAACGCAAUGACAAGGUGUUCUUUGCCUCUGUUCGGUCUGGUGGCAGCAGUCAGGUUUAUUUCAUGACCUUAGGCAGGACUUCUCUUCUGAGCUGGUAGAAGCAGUGUGAUCCAGGGAUUACUGGCCUCCAGAGUCUUCAAGAUCCUGAGAACUUGGAAUUCCUUGUAACUGGAGCUUGGAGCUGCACCGAGGGCAACCAGGACAGCUGUGUGUGCAGACCUCACGUGUUGGGUUCUCUCCCCUCCUUCCUGUUCCUGUUUUACCAGUUUAUCCCCCUUUUUUUUUUUUUUUUUUUUUUUUUUUUUUCUUACUCCAAAAUAAAUCAAGGCUGCAAUGCAGCUGGUGCUGUUCAGAUUCUACCAUCAGGUGCUAUAAGUGUUUGGGAUUGAGCAUCAUACUGGAAAGCAAACACCUUUCCUCCAGCUCCAGAAUUCCUUGUCUCUGAAUGACUCUGUCUUGUGGGUGUCUGACAGUGGCGACCAUGAACACGCCGUUGGUUUUAUUGGCAGUGGGCACAAGGAGGUGAGAAGUGGUGGUAAAAGGAGCAGAGUGCUGAAGCAGAGAGCAGAUUUAAUAUAGUAACAUUAACAGUGUAUUUAAUUGACAUUUCUUUUUUGUAAUGUGACAAUAUGUGGACAAAGAAGAAGAUGCAGGUUUAAGAAGUUAAUAUUUAUAAAAUGUGAAAGACACAGUUACUAGGAUAACUUUUUUGUGGGUGGGGCUUGGGAGAUGGGGUGGGGUGGGUUAAGGGGUCCCAUUUUGUUUCUUUGGAUUUGGGGUGGGGGGUCCUGGCCAAGAACUCAGUCAUUUUUCUGUGUACCAGGUUGCCUAAAUCAUGUGCAGAUGGUUCUAAAAAAAAAAAAAAAAAAAGGAAAAAAAAAGAAAAAGAAAACGUGUGCAUUUUGUAUAAUGGCCAGAACUUUGUUGUGUGACAGUAUUAGCACUGCCUCAGUUAAAGGUUUAAUUUUUGUUUAAACCUAGAAGUGCAACCACAGUUUUACCACAGUCUGCACUUGCAGAAAAAAGAAAAAAGUUCAAACCACAUGUUUAUUUUUUUUGCCUACCUCAUUGUUCUUAAUGCAUUGAGAGGUGAUUUAGUUUAUAUGUUUUUGGAAGAAACCAUUAAUGUUUAAUUUAAUCUUAAUACCAAAAUGACCAGAUUGAAGUUUGACUUUUAUUGUCACAAGUCAGCAGGCACAAGAACUGUCCAUGAAGAUGGGAAAUAGCCUUAAGGCUGAUGCAAUUUCCUUCCAAGUUUAGAAAGCAGAAUGCUUUGUUUUCACCAGAUUCAGCAUUAAAGGUUGAUGGGGCAACUGCAGUCCGUGACACAAGAGAUCUCAUUGUUCUCGAUGUGGGGGGCGGGUGGUAGCAGACAGGUGGUCACAUUAGAAUAGUCACACAAACUGUUCAGUGUUGCAGGAACCUUUUCUCGUGGGCGGGGGAGUUUCCCUUUUCUAAAAAUGCAAUGCACUAAAACUAUUUUAAGAAUGUAGUGAAUUCUGCUUAUUCAUGAAGUCGGCAUCUUCUGUGUUUUAGGUGUAAUGCCGAAGUCCUGGCUUUUCUCGUUUCCUCACUUGCUCUCUCGUUCUCUGUUUUUUAAACCGAUUUUACUUUAUGAAUAUAUUCAUGACAUUUGUAAUAAAUGUCUUGAGAAAGAAUCUGUUUCAUGGCUUCAUGGUCAUCACUCAGCUCCCCUAAGGAUGUUACCGUCUCAGAAAAAGACCAGGGCUCCGUGUCCCAGUCCUGCCAUCUGACUUUCCUCUUGUCAAGUUCCCAGGGGAAAUACUGCAUUAUGGCUGCUUUAACCUCCGUCAUCAAAAGAAACUUGCUGUUUUUUAGGCUUAAUCUUCUUCCUUUGUGGUUACUUUUCCUGUAUAUUGUGAAAAUGGGGGAUUUUCCCUCUGCCCCCACCCACCUAAACACAGCAGCCAUUUGUACCUGUCUGCUUCCCAUCCCACUUGGCACCCACUCUGGCCCCUGUCAGUUUCCUCUUCCUGGUUCAGUAUUUUUGAAAAAGGCCCUCCUUUCAGCUACAAACAUCUGGUAAGACAAGUACAUCCACCCAUGAAUGCAGACACAGCAGCUGGUGCUUUUGUGUAUACCCAUAAAGACAAGAUCAGCUGAGAAGCCUUACUUUUUGGGGAGGGAAAAGAAGAUGGAAAUGGAUGUUUCAUUUGUACAAAUUUGGAGCAGUGCUGAAGGCCAAAGCUGCCUACUGGUUUGUAAUUAACCUAGAGAAGGUUGAAAAGUUAAUGCUACCUUUAAAGGGAUUUGAGGUAGGCUGGACUCCAUCACCACAGGACUUUAGUUAGAAUUAAAUUCCUGCUUGUGAUUUAUAUCCACGUUUAGGCUUUUCAUAAGAUGAAACAUGCCACAGUGAACACACUUGUGUACAUAUCAAGAGAAGAAGGAAAGGCACAGGUGACUGUGGCUCCUUCCCUGGCUUUAGAGAACAGUAAAAGGUGGGCAGAUGUCCUUGAAGAAAUGCUCCAUGUCUGAUGUUAAGUGGGAGAAGGCAGAGAACAAAGAAUGUGGCAUGGUGGUCUUACAUUAUCCAAAGACUUGAAGCUCCACAUCUGUAAGUCAAGGGUUACACAAAAAAAUGCAAAUGGUGUUUCACUGGAAUUACCAAGUGCUUAGAACUUGAGGAAAACUGGCUUUCCCAUAGGUGGUGAAGGGGGUCUGAGCUCACACCGAGCUGUGCUUGCCCUGCUUGUGUAGCUCCAGGCACCCCGUGGGCACUCUCUUGGCGUUUGUGGUGAACUGAAUGGAAUCCAUUGUUGGACUUAAGUUACUGAAAUUGGACCACCCUUUGUCCCUCUAGGCGGGGACUUCCUGGUCUGUGCUUUACUUGCCUUUUUUCCUUCCCUUCUUAGCCUCACCCCCUUGUAAACCAGAUUGAGUUGCUAUAGCUUGAUGCAGGUACCCAGUGAAGUUUCUGCAUAAAAGGUUGGGAGUCGUUGAAAUGUUUAGAUUCUUUUAGGCAAGGAGUUAUUUUCCCCCCUUUUACAGGGUAGUGACUUCUCCACAGAAGUGCCAAUAUGGCAAAAUUACACGAGAAAACAGUAUUGUAAUGAUUCCAUUACAUACGGAACAUUGAACUGUUAUAGGAGUGCUCUUCCAAACAAAACAAAAAUAUCUCUAGGUUUAGUCAAAGCUUUCGUAAGUAAUAACCUUUCUGUAUUGAAAUCAGAGUAACCCUUUCUGUAUUGAGUGCAGUGUUUUUACUUUUUUCUCAUGCACAUGUUAAUGUUGGAGAAAAUGUUUACAAAAAUGGUUUUGUUACACUAAUGCGCACCACAUAUUUAUGGUUUAUUUUAAGUGAUUUUUUUUAUGGGUUAUUUAGGUUUUCGUCUUAGUUGUAGCACACUUACCCUAAUUUUGCCAAUUAUUAAUUUGCUAAAUAGUAAUACAAAUGACAAACUGCAUUAAAUUGACUAAUUAUAAAAGCUGCAAAGCAGACUGGUGGCAAGUACACAGCCCUUUUUUUUUGCAGUGCUAACUUGUCUACUGUGUAUUAUGAAAAUUACUGUUGUCCCCCCAACCUUUUUUCCUUAAAUAAAGUAAAAAUGACAUCUA